AUGAAGCAUGAAAAGUAUGAAACGUGGGAGUGGAUCGACGUCAAGCCUGGAACGAGGCAUUGGGAGAAUAACUCGGAUACUCUAACGCUUGUGUUAGAUGGAAACCCCGAAGAAGUGCAAUCAAAUUAUGAUACAUAUGUCAAGUCCGCCUUGACCUACAAGCAUGGGACCCGCAUCGAUACGUUCCCACUUCCUGGACUCCGAAAACACCUUUUCACAACAGCCAAGGAAGGGACGUAUUAUAUUAGAGUAAUCUAUCAAGGAGAGGUAAUAGUGUUCAUCAUAGAAGCCAGAACAUGGUGGCUGAAAGGGUACAUAGUUGGAAACACAGUUUACGAACACAAGACGCUGCCAUUUCAAGGCAACCACAAUUAUAUUUGCCAAAGUAACCCAGGAGAACUAGAGAUCGGUCUGCCAGUUUUGAGGACAAGACAUCAAUCCCUUGUGCAGGAUGGGGUUCAUCAGAAUCCUCUAGCAGUAGGGGUCUACACCCUUUACCUGUGUGAGGGCCCCAGGAUAUACAAGGCAUUCCUCGCACCGAGCAAUUCGCUUGUGGACCCUGGCUCUGAUUUCAACAAACUGGACGCUUUCAGCCAAGGUUUACCACUCCCCGAACUAGCCAAAAAAACUAGAAUCCCCAAGCUGGACUCUUUCUUGUUGCCAGCUUGGAUUGUUGUUCUCUCUUCGCUCCAUAGUAGGUACUCCCUCCAAUCCGAAAAGGUUGACGCGAGGCAUACUAAAGACAUUUUUACACCCACACCCUCCAGAAUUCAAAAUAUUACAAACACACAACAUAAAGCCCACACACGCACAACAUUUCAAAUCUGGCGUCUUUCUCCACCAACGCGUGCGCAUCUUCUCCUCCUGGUGGCCGCCUGCUGCCCUGCUGCCCCUCUUCCAGGUUGCCACCUGCUGCUCCUCCUCAAGGUUGCCUCCUGCUGCUCCUCCAAGUUGCCUCCUGCAGCUCCUCCAGGUGGCCGCCGGCAGCCUGCUCCUCCAGAUCGCCAGAAACCUGCUCCUCCAGAUCAUCAGAAACCUGCUCCUCCUUCAGGUGGCCGCCAACAGCCUGCUCCUCCUCCAGAUCACCUGCAGCCUGCAGCUUCUCCUCCAGAUAUCUGCAUCAGCUUCUCUUCAGGUCAUGGACAUCCCUGAUCUCAACUUCAAUCCUCCACAAGAGGAUGAUGCUGGAGUCACACCUACAGGAAGCAAUAGUGGAUCAACAGAAGAAACAACAGGUGAUCCAUGGAGUAGAAAAAUUUCUCAAUCUCUGAAUUUCUCAAUCUAUUUGAACAAUUGUUGGCACAGUAUGUAUACAAACACAGUAAUGUUACUGAAUGACAUUAGAAAUACAGAAAGCUAAUGUCAUGACCAAACUAAUUUUAGAAUUAGAAUUAUACUCCAGCAGUUGUUGGCACAGUAGAUGUCAAUCAGCAAAAUGUGAAGUUCUCUUUGAAUUUCUCAAUUGGAGUAGAAUGGUUAUACACAGUAAUGUUGGAGUAGCAUGUUCUUGUUCAAAAUGUAUUGUUCCAUCAGCAACAAAGCAUGUGCAGGAGAAUAGAGCAUGUUCUUGUUCAGAAUAUAGAGUUCAAUCAUCAAUAGAGCAUGUGCAGCAGAAUAGAGCAUGUUCUUGUUCAGAGUUAAUCUAUAGAGUAUACACAGCAGUAUUUUUGUACAGAACAGCAAGUACUCACAACAGAACAUCAAGUACACACACAACAGCUAUUCUAUUGCUAAUCAUGUUAGAGCAAGCUGAACUCACAACAAAACCUGUAAUUCAGGAACUUGUCUAGUCCUAAUUCUAAUUAUCAGCAACAGUUUUGCAAGUUCACAGGAGUAUGUUAAUACUUGGGAGUAUUUAAUCAUUUGCAGAUACAGUACUUGGAGUAUUUGCUGUGUGUGGAGUACACACACGCACACAAUAGCUACUCAUCUACUCCUAAUUCUAAUGAUUAGCAUUCUGAACAUUCUGUUAGCAUUCUGAAAAUGUACUGACAGAAACUGGAGUACAUGAAUACAGUUUUUUUUUAAAUCAUCAAUGGUAAGUAAACUUAGCUUUGCUCCUUUGCAGUUGGUCAGCAACCACCCCGAAAGGACCUGCCAGAUGAGCACAGGUUUGCUGCUUAUAUUGCACUAAAAGCAUUGAGCAAAGAUGGAAAAAUAGAGUUGAAGGACAAAGUGCUUGUUGCUGCUCUAUUGGACACAAGAGUUAGAACAGUUGAACGAAUCUGGAAAUUAGCUAAGGACCAAGUUGCACAAGGUGAACCUAUUGAUGUUUCUAAUAAAAAGAAGGGAAGGGUAGGUCGCAAGAAAGCAGACCUUGGUCUCUCUCGGAUACCUGCCAUUCCACUUAACAAAAGGAGAACUGUAAGAGCACUAGCUAGGUCUUUGGGCUGCAGCUAUACAGCCUUGCACAGAAGGUUUGAGUGGAAACAGGUGAAGCGCCGCAGUAGCAGCUUAAAGCCUACACUCAAGGCUGCAAACAAGAUCGCUAGAAUGCAGUUUUGCAUUUCCAUGCUUGAUGAAUCCACAUUGGGAAAUGACAGUCCUACCUUUCAAGAUAUGAGCAAAUCGUCCAUAUUGAUGAAAAAUGGUUUGACAUGACUAAGAAGAGGGCCACAUGCUACCUCCUUCCUGAAGAGCCAUGCCCCUUGCGCACUGUUCAGAAUAAGAACAGCAUCGGCAAAGUGAUGUUUCUAACAGCCGUCGCAAGGCCAAGGUAUGACGAAAAUGAUUUGAUCACCUUUGAUGGCAAACUCGGAGUGUGGCCCUUCGUGAAAGAAACACGAGCAGCAAGAAGCAGUCGAAAUAGAGAGAGGGGCACUCUAGAAACCAAGUCAAUUAUUGUUAACAGGGAUGUUAUGAGGGAGUAUGUAUGUGGAAAGCUGGUUCCUGCUAUACAAGACCUGUGGCCUGAAGAUGAUGUUGGCAGAACCAUUUUUAUCCAGCAGGAUAUUGCCCAAACCCAUGUCUUACCAACUGAUGAAGCUUUCCUACAUGCUGUUGCAGAAACUGAUCUAGAUAUUCAACUCAUGCAACAACCACCAAAUUCUCCUGACCUCAAUGUUCUAGACCUAGGAUUCUUCAGGUCGAUUCAAUCGUUAACAGAUUGUAGAACACCUACAAAUAUCAAGCAGCUGAUUGAAAUUGUGCAAGAAGAGUAUGAUGGCUAUGAUGUGAACCUGUUAGCCAGAGUUUUUGUAACACUGCAGCCUUGCAUGCUAGAGAUUAUGAAAGAUGAGGGAGGCAUGGGAUACAAAAUCCCACAUAUGAACAAGCAGAGGCUGCAGAGGGAAAGAAGGUUAACUACUGCUCUAAAAUGUGACGCUGAACUGUACCAGAAUACUUUAUCACUAUUGAACCAGAUGAUAAUACAUUGAGAGAAGACAGGAGUAGAACAGAAGAGACGAGAAGAUAACAGAUUGAGAGUACAGAGGAGCCACUAGGCAGAUUGAGAACAUAUUGAGAUGUUUAACUGUGAAUGAAAUGUUUUCUUUUCAAGUGUUGAAGUGUUAAACUUCAGUUUAGAUUCAGUUAAAGUGUUAAAGUUCAGUUACAAUGUUAAAGUUCAGUUUGAAGUGUUAAAGAUCAGUUACAAUGUUAAAGUUCAGUUUGAAGUGUUAAAGUUCAGUUUAAAUUCAGUUUAAGUUCAUGUUUAAUUGGUGCUGUUAAAGCUCAGUUAAAAUUCAGUUCCAAGUUUAAAUUUAGUUGAGGUUCUAGUUCAGGUUAAGGAUUUAUGUUCAGUGUGAAGUGUUAAAGUUCAGUUUAAAUUCAGUUUAAGUUCAUGUUUAAAGUGUUAAAGUUCAGUUUAGAUUCAGUUAAACUGUUAAAGUUCAGUUUAGAUUCAGAGGGAAGAGAGAAGAGAAAAGGGGGAAGAGAGAAGGGGGAAGAGAAAAGAGGGAAGAGAGAAGAGAGAAGAGAGGAGAUUGAGAUCAGAGGAGAGAAAAGAGUUUUAAUUUAAGGUUUUAGUUCAGGCUUAAUUUAAGGUUUUAGUUCAGGUUCAGGUUUUAGUUCAGGUUUAAUUUAAAGUUUAAGUUCUGGUUUCAGUUUUCAGUUUAAGUUUAAUUAAGUUGAGGUUCAGUUUUAAGUUCAGGUUCAGAGAGAUUGAGAGAGAAGACAGACUAGAAGAGAGAUUGAGGAUAGAUUGAGAUUAAGGAUAGAUAGAGAAUUAGGAGAGAGGAGAAAAUGAGAGAAGAGAGAAUGAGAAGAGGGAAGAGAAGAGAAUAGAUUGAGAUUCAGAGGAGAGGAGAGAAGAAAAGAAAAGGAGAUGCUCAUCACAGCAUGCUUAAUUACAAUGUUAAUCUAAUCUUUACUUCUUCCAAUUUAAUCUAAACAGGACUAGUACAGUGCUAAUCUAAUUAAACACUCAACUGCUCCUAUACAUUCAUAGAGAUAAAAUGUUCUGAUAUGUGUUCAAUGCUAAUCUACUCCAAUACAAUCUCCAGCUAUACAAUGAGUUGUCCUAUCCAGGGUAGGAAUCAGUAGCAUCAUAAAUAUCUCUAACAUAGCAAAGUAAUUACAGACAGAUGCCACAAAAAAUCGCGGUUAUUCAUGUACAGUACCAUUAGGCACAAGAAACUCCAUGGCAUUUUGAAAAUUACAAGGACAUGCUAGAUAUGAACUCAAUAGCACAUGUCAAACAGAGGAAAGAAGGAAGAAGUUCAGAGUACUUAACUUCACCGGAGUCGUAGACGUCGCAGGCAAGCUUCACCCAAGUUUCAACAAAGACACAUUCCUCACAAAAGAAAAAGUAAAA